UUUCAUUAGAUCGAUUUCGCUGCACGAUAUGAAAAGAAAACAGAAUAACCCAUUUACAGUAGUGUAAACGGUCAAUUCUGCAAAAUGUUUGAUUUCGCAACGUCCUCAUGUGUUUCGUGAAACGAAUUGAAAAAACCGUGUAAUGUCAAUCAAAAGGUAGAGGUCACGAUGUGAAAUAAACUUAUCAACAAAGCAAUGUUCAUUGAAACCCAAAUGAAAAAUAUAGAAGUUAAAACUGUUAAAGAGAAAGAAUGAAAAUUGCUCACAAUUUCAAACAUCUCAUUUUGCUGUUGAGGUGGUCUUACACCGUCCCUAUUCUGUGUUACAUCACGUUUUUUCUAACAAUUUGGAUGCUGUCCGUGCCACUAAAGCCCAUCAAAAUUGUGAAAGAAAUACGUCUUGAAAAGCCCGAAGAUUCGUUCGAAAUACGAAUGAAAAAUAGUAAUUUCAAUUCGGAUCGAAAAGACGAAGAAAGCUCCCUUCUAAAUAAUAAAAACGAAUACUUGAUCAACAUAAAUACGAACGAAAACGCCAACAAGGACCAGACUGAAAUCCUUCAAGACGUAUUUAAAAGAGCCGACAAAGACGGAAAUAACAAACUUGACUCUAAAGAACUUUCCGAAUGGAUAAGAAAAAAAAUUGUUGAACAUAUUUCCACCGCUGUUAGCAAUAAUUACGCCCUAUUUACUAUGAUAGACGUUGAUCCAAGAAACGGUGUAAUAACUUGGAAAGAGUAUCACACGUAUUUCCUCAAAAGGCGAGGCUUUAGCAAGAAAUAUGUGGAAAAUCAUGACGAGAAACGGCACAGAGGCCUCCAAAGAUCAAUCAAAGAACAAAUAAUGAGGGACAAAGCGUCUUGGAUGGAAGCCGCUCGCUCCAACCCUGACGCUUUAACAGUCGACGAAUUUCUGGCCUUCACCCAUCCCGAAUCCAGUGCUGCCAACCAAUUGGCACUGGUCGACGAACUGUACGACAAAUUCGACCGAGAUGGAGACGAGUUACUAACAGAGGACGAAUUUGCGAUUCUCCAAACUGAAGGUAACGACGACGAAACAGUCAUUGUCAGACAAGACGAAAAUGAAAGACGAGCCGAGUUUCGCAAAUCUGUUGAUUUGAACGGAGACGGUCGAGCCGAUAGGAGAGAGCUUUUACAUUACGUUGCACCGCAAAGUCCUAGACACAGUGAACACGAAGCUGAAGCCCUUCUAGCGUUGGCCGAUGGGGAUCAUGACAAUAUGUUAUCACUCGAUGAAAUACUCGCACAUCCAGACCUAUUUUUAAAAUCGAAAAUGGUUGACACCGGGCGAAGCUUUCACGAUGAAUUUUGAAAGAGUUAGUUCUUAAUCAGUUAAUCACGAAUAUAAGACUGUGCUUUUAAGCAGAUGCAGACGCUAUUUUAGCUAGACACUCAAUCGUUUCUUCUAGUUAGACAAGAGAUAUUUUUCAACUCAAAUAAAGAAUAAAUAAUG